AUGGGCUUUGCUGGCAGGGAGAAUUCGGUGGAACUGCUGCAGGGAUCUUCGUUGGCGUUGCAGGGUUUCUUCAACGCUUCAGUAGCUUGGGUCUUCGUGGAGAAAUUGAUGACCGGUUGCUAUAGACGUGGCCAAAGCAGGAGGGAUACAGGCGUGCGGAUUGAUGGUGGGCGACAAGAGCUAGUGAAGCAGGGCGUUCGUGGAGCUGAGGAAGACACGCGGAGGAGGCUUUGCUGGGCUGGACUUCAACCGAAAGAAAUCAAGCAGAAGCUGAGACCGCAGAGUCAAAAUGAAAAGGAUCCGUGCGCGAGGAAGAAGAUAAGAGAGAGGGUUGUGAUGAGAGAUAUGCUGCUUGAUGAUCGUUUGGUCAUCAAAAAUUCGCUGUUCCAGUUGGAUAGCGAUUCUCCCAUGUUAACAUCGGAGAGAGCCUCACUUGUCAAUGGUCCAAAAUUAAAUGCGUCUAGAGCUGUUCCUGCAACAUCUCCAACUUCAAAUAGUGCACGAGAUAAUUCAUCUGGUGGCAUGGGCAUGGACAAAAACUCGAUGGAAAAACUUAGGGAGGCUUCAACUACUUAAGCUGAGGUGGCUAAUGCUGUCUGGCAAGCUGUUCAAUCGACAUCUUCUGUCCCUGUGGAAGAAACAUCAGUAUCAGAUGAAAACUCUCUAGCAACUGAAACUGCUUCAGAUGGUAGUGACACUAAGGGAGACGUUCGUCUUCAUCCUAGAGCUGUGGUAGUUGCUAAGGAGGCUGUAGGUAACCUUGGUGGAAUGGUAAGACAGCUAUCACUGGAUCCAUGAAAAAAUGAGAGCAGACGGAUGGUUCUGAUGAAUAAUGACCUGUCAUAUCCUACAAAAAAGUUCACCAGACAGAAAUCUCCUCAAGGCUUGCAUAAGAAGAUUAUAUCCACUUUGCUUCAGCCUCGAAAUUGCAAAGCUCCUGCUAAUAGGAAGUUUUUCCUGGAUUCUUACAAAGUUGGGGAGAUCUGUUAUGUUGCAGAACAGCUUUUCAUGCAUGAGCCAAUAGUUCUUCAGUUAAAAGCUCCAGUUAAAGAAUUCGGUGACCUACAUGGUCAAUUUGGCGAUCUCAUGCGUUUGUUCGAUGAAUAUGGUUUUCCUUCCACUGCAGGAGAUAUAAGCUAUAUUGAGUAUUUGUUUUUGGGAGAUUACAUUGAUCGGGGACAGCACAGUUUGGAGACUAUAACUUUGCUUCUUGCUCUUAAGAUUGAAUACCCAGAAAAUGUUCACUUGAUACGAGGAAACCACGAGGCAGCUGACAUAAAUGCAUUCUUCGGUUUUCGUCUUGGAAGCAUUGAGCGAAGGGCAGAGAAUGAUGGAAUAUGGGCAUGGACACGUUUUGAUCAACUUUUCAACUAUCUUCCGCUUGCUCUCAUAGAGGAAAAGAUAAUCUGUAUGCAUGGUGGCAUAGGAAGCUCAACAUUCAAAGACCACCGACACCUACCAGGGGUCGCCCACAGCCCGACAUAG